ACGAGUCCUCGGCUGCCGCUGGCUGCUGCAGGCGUGCUAUUGGAGGUAGCGGAGGGACCUCUGCGAAAUGUCUGGUGCAUGGCCGACCUCCGUAUUUUCUCCUUCCUUUCCUUUGGCUUCCCUCCCCCCUCCUGCCGCCCAGUGUUCGUAGGCACUAUGCACCGCGCCGGGCUUCCCUAGCUGCCUGAGCCCGCCCCAGCCAGCGGUGCGGUGGGUCCGGUGCGGCGCUGUGCUCUGCCGGGGAUGCGGCCUGCUUGUUAAAGCUCCCCCACCACCCCUCCGUGCGUGAUGGCUGAUGAUCAACAACAAGCUGAUCAGAAGCCUGCCUCCGGACUCGGCUCUCUUCCAGCGCUGGUGCCGGGACUCCAGGGACCUGAAGCGAACGCGUUACAGUUCAAAAUCAAGAAUUCAAUUUGCAAAUCUGUACAAUCCAAAGUGGACAGCAUAUUGCAAGAUGUUGAGAAGUUUACAGACAUCGAAAAGCUCUACCUCUACCUUAAGUUGCCUUCUGGUCCCAGCAACGGCAAUGAUAAAAGUUUCCCCAUAUCUAUUCAUCACCCCAACCCCCAAAUUGUGCCCAAUUGGACUGAGAAUGAGAGGGGGUCGUCCACUCCUGGAUUAUGCGAGCAGAGUUCCAUGUCAUCGAGCCGCACUCAGCAAAUGUACGCGUUCAACUGGAUACGGAAUCACCUAGAAGAGCACCCGGAGACGUCCCUCCCCAAACAGGAAGUGUAUGAUGAAUACAAGAGCUAUUGUGACAAUCUCGGCUACAAUCCAUUGAGUGCAGCAGACUUUGGGAAGAUCAUGAAGAAUGUCUUUCCCAACAUGAAGGCACGUCGACUCGGGAUGAGAGGAAAAUCCAAAUAUUGUUACAGUGGGUUAAGAAAGAAAGCUUUUGUUCACAUGCCGUCAUUACCCAACUUGGAUCUGCAGAAAUCAGGCGACGGGUGUGAACUGAUGGAGCCGGCCGGACAGUCGCCGAGUGCUGAGGAUGAAAUGAGGUCAGCGGCCUGCGGUUUGGUUUGCGAGUGGGCCCAGAAGGUCUUGAGUCGUCAGUUUGACAACGUGGAGGAUCUGGCGCGUUUCCUGCUGAAUAGCCACUAUAUCGGUACCAAGUCCAUGGCUGCGCUCACUGUUAUGACGGGAACGCCCACGACAGGCAUGAAGACGCCAACACCCGCCUCAGCGUUUGUGCCCACGGCCGAGGCCAACUCCUUCCAGCCCCAGGUGAAGACGCUGCCCUCACCCUCUGUGGACGCAAAGCAGCAACUGCAGCGAAAGAUCCAGAAGAAGCAGCAAGAGCAGAAGCUCCACUCUCCUUUACCAAGCGAUGCGCAAGUCAAACGAACGGAGGCCAGCACCCCCGGCCCGAGCAUCCCUUGCGGCAGCCCUGCUUUGCUGUCCCCUCAGCCCACCAUAGGCAUCGUAGUAGCAGCUGUGCCCAGCCCAGUCACGGUACAGAGAAGCAGGCAGCUAAUGACUUCCCCGAGUCCUGUCGGAACAACGGAGGGAAAAGUGUUGCCUGUGAACUUAUUGGUCACGCAGUCACUUAAGCAGUCCUCCAAAACCCCACAGAAUAUCCCAGCGAGUCCCGUGGGGGACCGCUUGGCGCGGCACGGCACCCGGUACGCUCAAAUCUUGCCCAAGCCCUCGGCCACCAGUGCCAUCACACUUCGGUCCCCUCCCACCCUGCUCAUAACCAACAGCCCAAUCAAAACUGUGAUGCCCACUCCACACGUCAGCUCGGUCAACGUGGUCAAGAUGACGGCCAUCGCGUUAGCUCCUAGCAGCAGCGGCACCACCACCAGCAGCAGCACCGUCGUACGCUCCGCCUCGGCCGGGAUGGGCCCCACUUCCGCCUUAGAUGAGUCGCAAGGUGCGAGUCUGACCGCUGCGGUCAGAGCCGUCGCCUCGGGUUUGACCUCCUUGGCUGACAUCAAGGUGUCCGAAGCUGCAACCUCUAACAGUGCGGAGAAGACUGCAAUGGCCGCUAGUGAGGAAAGAGUGGCAAAGUUCAGGGCUGCCAGUGAGCCAAGCUUCCCUGUUAAGUGCUCUCCGGGACCCGACAAGGUCUUGCGGAUGAGGAGCGACUCUGUAUCCCUUUCCACUUCGGUAGCUGUAGCUGGGAUUCAGGACAGCAAUAACAGUAACUGCCUUGACAGCACCUUGUACUUGACUGUUGAUAAUCUCAACUCAGCCGGCAACAUGUCAACCAGCGGUUGUUCCAUCAGUAUUCGGGCUUCAAAAGACUCUUGCAUCGACGUCAAGAGUCCCAGAAAGCGCACAGGCCCGACCGGAGAGUCUAAUGUUAUUCCUGUAAAGAGAGUUUUUAUAUCUCAGCAGCUACAUGCUGCUGCAGUUGACAAUCCCAAACCUGGAAUCAGUGCCGCAGUGAAGAGGAUCCCGCGACCGGGAACGCCAGCCCGACCGGAAAGCGCCCCGUGCAAAGUGACGGCGAAACCCGCCUCGGUCGGCCCGACGCAGAUCCUCGCGCUUUCGGACUCGCCCAUCGCGCACAUCCGGGGCUCCCCGACUGUUGUCAAACCGCAGGCGCUGAUGGUGAAACAGGACGCCGAGGUUAGCGGCGAAGCGGCAAGGACGUCGGACCAGGUCUUGUUGCAGCAGAUCACUGCGGACACUCGUGUCAUCCCAAACAACUCAGGAGCACACAAUGCCGCUGUGAUGAGCGAACUAAAUAGCACAAUAUGGGAGGAGGGUCAGCUGGAUGAGCUCCGGAAACACUCGCAGAUCUCAGCGGAACACAAGCAAGCCGCGACAGAGCAGCUUUCUCUCAUAGCCCAACCCUCGAACACGCCAGGCCAGCUGGUCCUGGCGCAGGAGAUGGUUGACUUUUCCGGUGCUCAACCCAACAUGGACUACUUCCCGUUCAACGACGACGACAUGACGCAGGACAGUAUCGUGGAGGAGCUGGUCCAGAUGGAGGAGCAGAUGAAGCUGAAGGGUCUCUUUGGCACCUGCGUCGACGUUUCUCUCCAAGGCCAGCCGGCCGGCAACCAAAACUCGGCGCUCAACGCUCACCAGGCUGGCACGGCUUUCUACCACUCCGCCCACAGCAGCACCACUCCGGUCCAAACUCCCACGCCGACUCCCACGCCAACCCCGACGCCCACCCCUACCUCUGAGAUGACCCUCGGCCACAGCUUGACCAGAGAGAGCCCGUGCUCCCGCAUGGCUCCUAUCACCCCCGUGGACAGCGCGCUUGGUCGCCACACCCCAAUCAGCACGCCGCUGUCCAACUGCAGCAGCAGCGUCCCCCCGAGCCCGGUGGAGUGCAGGAAUCCUUUUGCCUUCACGCCCAUCAACUCCAGCAUCGCCGCUUACCACGACGCCAGUAUCGUCUCCAGCAGCCCGGUGAAGCCCAUGCAGAGGCCCAUGGCGACACACCCCGACAAGGCCAAACUGGAAUGGAUCAAUAACCGCUACAACAGCAAUUCAGCCGGACCUUUGUCCAACCACAGCAUCGGUCUCCUGCCUAGCUACCAAGACCUGGUUGAUGACCAGUUUCGUAAACCGCAUGCUUUCGCCAUUCCCGGACAGUCCUUUCAACCUCAGUCCAGGCCGGAUUCGACUCAUUUUGGCUCUUUGGCGCCGAUCUCCCCCGUGCAGCAGCAAGUAACCGCUGCGACCACGCCCACUAAACAAGAGAGCUUCGCCGUGCCGGCCCCGCUGGACAACAAGGCGGCGAGCUCCUCCGCGUCCGGUACUUUCCGCUGCCGCAGCGUCAGCCCCGCCAUCCGCCAGAGGAACUCCAGCGGCAACACGGGCCCUCAGACCACCACCACCGCCGUCACCAGCGCUACCCUCACCGUCGUCUCGCCCUUUAACAUCACCUCCGAAGUGCUCAGCAUCCUGUCCAACAGCCAAUCUGCCGGUUCGGUCCACAGCAUGGUCCAACGCAGCCAGUCCGUUCCUCUGAACAUCAUGAUGCAGAGCGAGUUGUUGCCCGUGCAGGGCUCCAGUAACACCACCAAAAUCACCAACGUCCUUCUCAGCAAGAUGGAGGCGGACGGGGACGAGUCUGUCCGCGGGUUGGGGGUGAACAACCUCCCGUCUAACUACACGGCACGCAUGAAUCUUACGCAAAUCCUGGAAACCACUCCGGCCUUCGCCGUGGGGACGUCGCACCAGACCUCCGGCCCGGCCGCCUUUGAUCUCCAGCAGCACGGCUACCUCGCCAACGCCAGCGGGGAGCAAGUGAGCUUCUCGGCCGUUGACGGCCAAGCACAAGAGGGCGCCCUUGAGCUGGACCAGCAACAGCAGCUUCAAGAGAUUGUGCAGACGCAGCAGGAGGCGGAGGACGCGCAGCAGCAGCUGGACUUCAACAACACCGUCAAGGACUUGCUGGGGGACGAUACCCUCAACCCCAGCUCGCAGCUGGUGGGCCAGGUGGCUUCGGAACUUAACGCGGUGGCGUCCGACUUUUCAAACGACAUCCGACUGACCACAGAUCUGUCCAGUAGCAUCACUGACCUUAACACCUUGGACCCCAAUCUGCUCUUUGACCCCAACCAGCAGCAGGAACAAUAUGAAGACUCAACACUGGAAGAACUGAAGAACGACCCGCUAUUUCAGCAGAUAUGCAGUGAUACUGUGAACUCCGGCUUCGACUGGCUGGAGAGCAAAGACCAGCCCACUACCGUCGAGAUGCUGGGCUGAUCUUUACCGUUGAUUCUCUAACACUUCUGUUCCGUGUCGCUCGUUCGUUUGGUGCGUAUCUAGGAUAUCUGUUUUUGAAACUACAGUUCGUUGGGACUCGUCUGGACUUUUGUCGUUGGUUCUGUUAAAAAAAAAAGUGCCAGGCUUUUCUCUCUCGCUCUCUCUCUCUCUCUUUCUUCCUCUCUCUCUCCUUCCGGUGUUCCGUUAACCUUUCCCAUUUCCCGCCUCCCCCAGUGUCUACAAUCAGAAAUUCAAGUGUUGGAAAUAAAGAAAAAUGAUUUUUAUGGCUCAGCAUGCAGUAAUGAGUGAGCAUUUAGAGAAAAAUACAUCUUCCAUGUUAGAACAAACCCAACGAUGCAAUAUUGAACAAACACGUGGAAGUGAGAGCGAUAGGAGAUUUGGCACAAUAUGACAUCACCAAAAAUCAUCGCGUGUUUACAGUUCAACCAAUUGUAGAUAAUAUGGCGGUAGUGUCGCUUGUUGGACGUUUUUUUCCCCGCCAUAUCGAAAUAUUAAAAAUGGUAGCGACUCAAGCUGCCAGGUGCUGGAUUUUUGACAAAUUCUUUCUACUUUAUCAUAAACCAAAUCAGCGGAGAACUGAUUGACGCUUAAGCAUUGUCGACAUGUUUCUUUCUUAAAAACGUCAUACUGUUGAGUAACUUCUAAAACGGGAGUAAAUGAAACAGUAGGGACACCACGGGAUUCCAGGCCACUCGUCGGACUAAAUAUUGAAAGGAACCAACGACUGGCUGCCUUAUUCCUUAUGUCCGAGGCCUUAUGCCAUCUUUUGAGAGACUGUACAUAGACUAACGUUAAGAUAGAACCAUCCAGAGCGUCUUUGUCAUAUCAAGGCAGCUGUUACUCUUAAUAUUUUCACCACUAUUCCUUCAUCUGUUUGUUUUGCAGUGUUAACAGCAUAGAUGACUUUUUUUUUUUUGUACAGGCUAGCGAUUGCACUGUGCGUGACCUUAUUGCAUAUAGAGGAAUUUAAUAUAGCGUCACAGAACCAAUGGCAGCCACGCUUUUACGUCAUUAGGUUUUCAUGUUGUUAGUUUUUUGCAUGGAUUAGAAAGAAGAAAAAAAAAAUCAAUGGUUUGGAGAAGGCUUAGUGACAAAAGAGGAAAGAAUCACAAAUUGAUGUCAUCUGGAAUGAAAUGUGCGAUCCAGCCUUAUUUCCAUACCAAAGAUUUGGAAAAGAGAUUAUUACACUCCUAGUGGUUACAUAGUUCAAAUCAGCAGCAUUGAGUAUAUGGAAAGAAAGCCUUUGUUGCAUUUAAGGAAAAAAAGCAUUAAGUUAGAUCAAUUCUAUGUACAGUAUGUAUAUUAGCCAAGUGGUCACAAGACAACGAGUAACUCGCAAAAAGCAUGUUGAAACCAUCACUACUACGUGAUACAGUAGGAGGCUUACUUGAGUUUUGCCAAUUGUCAAUGUCGUACAAGUCAUGUUUAAGCUCCAUUUGUAAAUAGAAUAAAUACAUAGAGAUUUGAUGUAUCCGGACACUAUAUUAAGGCCAUUAUUAUAGUAUGUGUCAUUUCAAAAGAAGUAAAAAAAAAAAAAGCUUAUAGCCGGCAAGAUACUGUAUGUUGUGUGUUACAUUUCUGGCUUAGAGUGUCGUAAAAAUAAUGCUGUCUGGUCUUCGCUUGCUGAUUUUAUUUGACUUUUUUGAGGAGAAGCAGAAAGGGCGUGUGCUUUUGAAUAAGGAGGGGGAGGGAAAAAAAAUUGUGAUACUGUUAGUCAGUUGCAAAACAUUUGUUUGCGACUGAGCUGUUCGGCAGACACUGGAUAAGAAAAACCAUUCGCUCAUGUUUCAACAAACUUUGGAGGUUGUCAUUAUUGCACUAAAUUUUUACAACACACGCCUUUGCCACGUCUUAAUGGACAAAUGUAAUGAUGGACGCCUGCAACAUUAGAAAAAAAAAAAACAACUUUUUUUUUUUAAUGACAAGGUAAGGAAAUUAACUGUCAGAAAAUGACUGUCUUGUAGCAAAAAAAAUGUGCUUUAAUCUCAGUGAGAUACACAUUUCUUACGCUUUCUCAUACAUGAGAAUAUGAAGCAUCGAGGGGAGGGUGGGAGUAACCUUUAAAAACCUACGUGCUCAUCAUUGUGUUGAUAAAUGAUUGUACGCACGCAUGUGUGACGUCUUUUGUUGUACUUUGUAUGUGACCACUGUCUGCUGUGAUGUGGGCAGGUUCUGUUAACCAGACAGUUUUGUCAGCUACUUCUCUUGUUUGUUGUUUACUAAGUUAACUGUUGUUUUACGUUGAUGACUGUUUUGAUGCUAUUUUUUUUUAAUACAUAUGUCUCAAAGUUCAGUUGUGAAGACAUGUUCUUGUAUUUUUUUUUUUCCUUAAAGGCACUGAUAUUUGAAUUCUUAUUGAAGGAAAUACACCUCUUCUGAGCUCCAUCAAGCAGUAAUUUUAUCCUUGACUGACCCCCGGCUCCAACUCUGUUUGACUCUUUAAUUCAUUUCUACCAGUAGAAGAAAAAAAAAAAUUACCCUCCUCUGUGAUGUUGUCUGGUGUACUGCUUAAUGUACAGUAGCUUGUUAAUAUUGCAAAUGCAUUGUUUCUUCUUUUUUUUUCAAUGGAAAGUACUCACUGGUGAGAUUUUUAAAGUGGUUUUAAAAGCCAAUAAACUUUUUUUAAAGAAUGAUGAGGUUUUGAGGGAUGUUGAUUUUUGCUACGGCCAUAAUGUAGCCAGCCAGUGUGAUAAUAAUGGCUAAUAAUGAUCAAACCUCUCCAUCCGCCUCUUAGUAUAAGGUCAGAGUUCAUCACAGUGCUUUCGAUGACCCUUGAGGUCACCGGGAGCUCGUCCGUGCUCGAAACAAGCUCCGACCAAUCGGAGCUCAGCUGGCUUGCGUUCCCAGGCCCCGGUGAUAUUCAUAACAUGCUAAUAAGCUUAACCCCAUUGAUCACCAAGCAGCUCGGCUUUAAUCCCGUGGAGCUCAGCCGCGACCUCCACACACACGUCGUAACAUUUGGUAACAUGAGUCGACAGAUUUCGCGAGAAUAUUAGCAUCCAUUUUUUUACUGGUCAAUACGGAAUCAAUAAACCAAAUGUAUGGAAAGCCGGGCCACCAUUGCACAUGAUUGCUUUGGUUUAUUUCACCUUACAGGCCAAGACACACAACCAAUCUUUAUGUCAUUUUUAAUCAUUCGCAGACAUCUGAGUAGGGCUGAACGAUUUGGAGGAGAAGAUAGAAGCUCUUAAGUAAGCAAAAAAAAGUCUUUUUCAUUGACCGAGCCAUAUAGGAGAAUCAACAUAUGAGGUGUGAGAUGACUAAAUCAAUUGUUAGCUUUAAUCAAUAUAUAAUUACACUGGGCUCUCAUCAUUGCAACCGAUAUAAGUACAGUAGGGGAAAUUAUUGGUUAAUGUAGCCAUGGAUGGUGCUGAGAGCAACAUUUUAGAUAAUACGUCAAGUGUGUGCGUGCGUGCGUGUGCGUGCGUGGCUGAUCUCACAGCUGGAGCCCAUUGUGUCGCCGGUGAAUGAGGGCCAAGACAUACGGAGGGUCAUUGUCAAAAAGACAUGGAUCAAUAUCAGAAUUAAUUAGGCAGCCGACCAGUGGCCGUCGAUAUCUUCUCAUAAUUAGCGGCAUCGGUGGUGGGAGCAGAUGUUGGGCAGUGUGACCUCAUUAGCACUGGGCCUUAACUUCUAAUCAAAUUGGACUGCUGUCGGUAAAUACAUUUCUUUCAGGUUUUGGAUCAUGCGUGAGCUUUCGUCUUCCAUUUUCAAUGUAUUAUUUGGUAUUGGCAGGCACUGUAAAUCUAAAUGUGAAAAUGUGUUUGUAGUAAAAAUGGCUGGAUGAUCAUUGUAAUGUUGCAUGAAAUUGAAUUGUUUAUUAUUGCAAUUUAUCAUUGCUAUUUUUCUACGUAUAAUUGAAGAGAUAACUUCCACGUAGCUCAUGCGCUGUGAUAUUUACGAGCUGCAGGAGCACUUCACCCCAGGCCUCUUGUUCCUCGGGUCUUCCGGUACCAGCCCGGUGUGCCGAGAAAACCGUGGUCAAGACCAGCGUGUCAAACUGAUCCUGAGUCAGCGGCUGCUUCUUCUGGCUUUUCAGCAUGUCCACCAUCUGUUCCAUGGAACUCAGACUUCUGGGAAUGUUGUCGUUGAUCUGAGAGAGGAAGGCCCGCCCAGACCUCAUUGAUGCCAUCUCCUCAUCAAGGAGGACAAUGUUAUUGUCCUGGUUGAGUUCCACG